AUAUACCACUGAAAUACUCUCUGUCAUGUAAUGUUAAAGAAAUACAACAUAUUGAUCAUUUUGUCCCACAGCUUAUAUUGGGAUGAACUACUGCUGAGGCCUUUGAUUAAUUGCUAGUAAUAUCCGGUAACAGAUCGUAUGAGAAUAAUCCACUCACAGAACGUGACUCUGCUUGACAGCCAACAGCAUACUAUUAACACUGACAAUAACUUUCGUGGACUAAAACCAGGAAUAAAACGUUGUGAUGACAGCACUGAUUAAGUUACUUCGUUUUACUUGAAACGCACGGAUAAAAUGAUGACAAUAAAGUAAAACAGGAAUUCGAAAGAUCCAAAUUUGAAUUUGCAAAAUUCGAUUGGACGCACACAGUAGUGAAACAUAAAUUGAAAUAAAAUUUGAGCUAUUAAAUCAUUUUCAGAAGAUGUACCUGUACACAAUUUGUGCUAUUUUCCUGUUUGAAAAGUCCGAGUGUCUGAUUGGAUUACGUCCACCGUCGGCAGAUCCUACCUAUAGAAGACAUCAACAUCUAAAUGAACCAGACUCUCAUCAUAGUCCUCCACUGCCUAAACCUCACCAGCAGAACUUAAAUGAAACACAAAAGAACAUUGCAAAGUUUAUAUUACAGAGAUCGUACAAAACUUUUGUCCUGAAAAAAGACGUGUAUGAUAAUUUAAAGAAAAUUUCAUCAAAAGGAACGAGUCUACAUAAUGAAUCUUUAUUGACUACUGAAAAACGAAGUUGUGAUAAUUAUACAUCCCUGAAAUGCAGCAUAAGAUUUCUAAAAUCUACAAUCCGAGAAGACCAUAACCACUGCGAAAGUUUUCAGGAAGUUUCCGAUUGCUUGUGCCCUUAUUGUGUUUCACAUGAAUGCAGUAUACGUCACACACUUAAUUCUAUAGCAGACGACAAGAGUUGUGUGGUUCAAAGUAUUUCGUCAAAAGGGACAAAUAAAUGUUGCCAAGGAGAGCUGCUGAAAUGUACUAUAGACACAUAUCUAAGUAUGAACGAAGGUUAUGGAGGUUGUGAUGCCAUCACAGAAUUUACGACAUGCGUGUCACGAUUUACGACACAUUUGUCAAAUAAGAAUUUUGACAGAAUAUUUGAACUUUUACUAUCGCUUACAAAAACAUGUAUAUUCUCAAUAAAACCUUAG